AACCCGGUCAUCUUACUGUAUUGAAACAGUAUAAAUUGCAGAGAGUCAUAGACAACCAUAGGUUUGAACUUCCACACAGCCCUCUCCCUAAACAACCAAUUAUCUCUUCUUCUUCUGAUAAUGUUGUCAAAGGAUAAGUAAAUGAAUUUCUAGGGUUUUGAUUUUGAUUUUUUCAAUUCUAUAUCUUGUUGGGGUUUUGAUUGAUUUCCUGGAGUGAAUGGCUUGUUUAAGAGAGGAAAGAAGUGGUUGUUUAUCUGAGAGUGUUGUUGUUGUUGAUAAAGAAGAGAUAAAAGAAGAGAAAGAGAAGAUGAUGAUAAAAACAAGGCCUAUAGUUCAUUCUGCUUCAAAAUAUAGGGAAUAUCGAUUAGAGAAAGUUUUUCCUGUUUAUGCUAUGGGAAAUUUGAAGUUAGAUGAUACUAAUUUCUUGACUGAGAAUAUUACUGUAACUGAUCCUAUUUGGGAUGCUGUCAAAUCAGAGGCAAAGAUUGAGGCAGACAAGGAGCCAAUUUUAAGUAGUUUUCUGUAUGCAAGUGUUUUAUCUCACGAUUGUUUGGAGAAAGCUUUGGGGUUUGUUCUGGCUAAUCGACUACAGGAUAACAUACUCUUAGCAACGCAAUUGUUGGACAUAUUUUACGAUGUUAUGUUGCAUGAUAGAGGUAUUCAACGCUCAAUUCGCCAAGAUGUGCAGGCUUUCAAAGAUAGGGAUCCGUCGUGUAUGUCGUAUUGCUGGGUCUUGUUAUAUCUAAAAGGUUACCAUUCUUUACAGUCAUACCGAGUAGCUCAUGCUUUAUGGAACAAGGGACGUAAAAUUUUGGCCUUAGCUUUACAAAGCCGAAUAAGUGAGGUUUUUGGAGUUGACAUACACCCAGCUGCAAAAAUAGGGAAUGGCGUAUUAUUGGAUCAUGCGACUGGUGUAGUUAUUGGUGAAACAGCUGUUGUAGGAAAUAGAGUUUCAUUGAUGCAGGGUGUAACAUUAGGUGGAACAGGGAAAGAAAUUGGGGAUCGUCAUCCAAAAAUAGGCCAAGGUGCACUAAUUGGAGCUAGUGCAACUAUACUUGGUAAUAUUAAAAUAGGUGAAGGUGCUAUGAUAGCUGCUGGUUCGCUUGUGCUAAAGGAUAUUCCAGCACAUAGCAUGGUUGCAGGAAUACCUGCACAGGUGGUUGGAUAUGUAGAAGAACAAGACCCAUCUUUGACUAUGAAGCACGAUGCUACGAAAGAAUUUUUCCAGCAUGUAGCUGCUGCAAAUUCAGUUGAUGGAAGGUCUAGUUGUGGUGGUUAGUUCUCUGCAAUUCGAAAUGGGGAGAAAGAACAGUAUGACGAGGCCAGAUCGAAGAUAACUAGUAUAUUAUACGUGUCUCCCUUCAAAAGUGAGAUCAUUGCGCGGUGUAUUUGAAGCUAGAACUCAACAAUAAGUUAGCAAACAGAUUGCAUGUUGUCUGUGAUCCUUUUUCUAUGUGACUAGAUGUAAAACCAUGAUCCAGUUAUAAUAAUCCAAUCCGAAGUUUCUUUCAGUUUCUCUGUU